AUGACACAAAGAAUAAUCAAUAUUGUUGACUUAUCUGCCUUGCAACAAGAAUACGAGACUGUCGUAGAUUUUGCUAAUGAUCUUUUACCCAACGUAUUUGCUACUACACCACAACACGUAUUAGCAAAUUCUCAUACAGUAACAUCAAGAUCUGCAACGUUCGAAUCGCAAUACAAUGCAAACGGCUCACCAUGCGUUCAAUACUGGCGUCCGUCAUCUGAUUUAAUAAAGAAAUUGCGCUUUCUUCAUGAAGAGGCAUAUGCACAAUUUCCUUGUGCUCCAUGUUGCUAUUGCGGUCGAUUACUUUACCCACUUAAAGCCGCAUGGGUUUACAGAAAUUCAAAUUCACGUUUUCCAUUUGAAGAACUAUACCCGGAUGUUGCUUUACUCGAAAAUUUAAAAAGACCCAAUAUGUUUGCUAUAUGUCGAGCUUGCCGUAAUCCACCUCAUAAACGCUGCCUCAGACUUUGUCCGAUUCCACCACAAAUUCAGGCUGUACCCUAUGGGAAAAGAAAAUAUCUUUCACCUGUUUUCCUCCAUUCAAGUCUUGGACGUACUGAUGCAGAGAUUCUUGGAUCACAUGUUAAUUAUCGCGAUCGAUAUUUCGAACUGUUUCCUGACGCCUUAAGACAGAUACAGCACGAAAACUUGGCUCAUAUUGAAUGA